CCUCGCAAUGCCCACCCCUCCCCACCUGGUCUACUUGACUCCCUUCUACCUGCUGCUAGCACUGCUUCUUGUCUUCUCAGGAGCCUCUGAGCAGAGGAAUGACAAUGAGUGGCAGGUGCUACAGCCUGAGGGCCCCAUGCUCGUGGCAGAAGGUGAGACGCUCCUACUGAGGUGUACAGUGGUCGGCUCCUGGAUUGAUGACAUGAUAAAAUGGAUCAGGGUGAGAAAUCAGGACCAGCAGGAAAUUUAUAACUUCAAACAUGGCUUCUUCCCUGGGGUGAUGCCCUUGGCCCAGUGGACACUAAAGUCACUUAAUUGGGAUUAUUCCAUCCAUAUUCCCCAUGUCACCAAGGAGGAUGCUGGAACCUAUCACUGUGUGAGAUUUGAUGGCUUGAGUCAGCACUUGGAAAAGACACUUGAUGAGGGCACCUCAGUGCUUGUGAAGGGAGCUGGAGACCCGGAGCCAGACCUCUGGAUCAUCCAGCCUCAGGAGUUGGUGUCUGUGACUACUGGAGACACUGUCUUCCUGAACUGCACAGUGAUUGGAAAUGGUCCUCUAGGACCCAUCAGGUGGUUCCGGGGGACUGGUGUUAGCCGGGAGGCCAUUUACAACUUUGAAGGUAUCUCUCACCCCAACGUGACAGCAGUCCGGGCCUCUAACAAUGACUUCAGCAUUCUCCUGGAAGGCAUUUCCAUUGAGGAUGCAGGCACCUACUACUGUGUAAAGUUUCAGAGGAGACUCAAUAGACAGUACCUGUCUGGACAGGGCACCAGGUUGAGAGUGAAAGCAAAACCCACCUCUCUCCAAGAGGCAAAAUUCACUAAUGGUUCUUUAGACAAGACAUCUUCAACAGGUGAGCAUACCUACCUCCAGCGGAAUUUUCCAGCUCCUCACAGUCAAGGUGUCAGAGAUGGGUUGAGCUUGGGAAGGGAGCAGUCCCAGACUUCCAGUGACCAUAUGCUACCAAAAAAGUUCCCAGAACUCCAUCUCAACCACAGCACUGGGGACCCAGAGAACCAUCUUAAAGCUCAACCAAAGAAAGAAUUUUCUAACAGGAAGAGUUGUCCAGUUGUUCAGAGGGCAGUCUUGCUUUAGGGGUAGUAAGCUCCCCACCAUUCAGAGUGUAGGGAUAUACUAGGACGUGAAUAACAACACUGAAGAACGUGGCUUGGCAGCCAGGCCUGGACUGAAGCCUUUCUAGCUGUGUGAUGGUGGAUUGGUUGCCUCAAUCCUUGAGUCUCUGAUGUCGUACUAUAUGACCUAAGAGGCAUUAGAAUCAGAAAGCUGCCCUCGUGGCAUUGUGUAAGGGUCCAGUGAGAUCACUCAUGACAAGUGCCUAGAACAGUGCAUGGUACAACAGUAUUAACCCUCAGAGAUAGAUGCAGCCAGGUGAGUUUCUCUGAUGCUCAGACCUGUUCCCAUCACUCUUGGGAGCCAGACUGCCUGAGUCCCAUUCCUUCUUUGACAUAUAUGGCCCUGAGCAAAUCACUUCCCAUUCUAGACCUAUCUCCUCAUCUAUAAAAAUGGGGCCAUUAUUCUACUUUGUAGGGUUGGUAUGAGGAUUAAAUUACAUAAUUGACAAGUGAUUAGCUCAGGGCCUGAGAGAGAGGCGCUGAGCAGCCAAUAAAUCAAAGCUGUUUUUAUUAUUAUCAACAGUCAGAGAUGCUGUCAAGACGAUUGCGGGUACAGGUGCGAUACUGGUCAAGGCCUCUUCUGGCCCAGGGCAGGUUGGGGCGGGGGGAAAGGUCUUUGAUCUACUUCCCCAGUCUAGAGAGGAUGUGGUCCUAGAAGUUAUACAGCAACUGGGCCAGACCCUACCUAUGGGAUACCAACAGGGGAUGCUGAGGUAUGGGCUGUGGGUCA